UUUCUAUAUAUAGUAACCAAACCUCAUCUCCAACGUAGUAUAAAUCCCCCAUGCAACCCUUCAUGCCUUCUCAUCAUCAUUCCUCGUACAAUUAUACAGUCAUUAUUAGCAGAAACUAAGGAUUCCUCAAAAACAUUAACAAUGGAGUUUUCACGCAAGAAAACUUGUGUUAUCGCCGUGUUGUUGUUGUUCUCAGCUUUAGCAGUUGAAGGUCAUCGGAGAUUCGGCGACGACGACGGCGGUUGGAUCACCGUCAACGGCGGCCGUUUCGAGCUCAACGGCUCGCCGUUCCUCUUCAACGGCUUCAACGCCUACUGGCUGAUGCACGUCGCCGCCGACGUCGGCCAGCGCGGCAAAGUCACGGAGGUUCUCAGAGAAGCCUCCGCCGCCGGCCUCUCCGUCUGCCGGACGUGGGCUUUCGCCGACGGCAGUGAUCCCACCGACCUCCAAACCUCCCCCGGCGUCUAUAAUGAACGUGUUUUUCAGGGACUUGAUUUUGUGAUAUCCGAAGCGAGAAAAUUUGGGGUUCGAUUGAUACUGAAUCUGGUGAACAAUUACAACGAUUUUGGAGGGAGGCCGCAGUAUGCAAACUGGGCAAGAAACGCCGGAGAACAGAUCGCCGGCGACGACGAUUUCUACACUAAUCCGGUGAUCAAAGGCUAUUACAAGAACCAUGUCAUGACAGUGCUAACAAGAAUGAAUACAAAUAGUGGGAUUGCUUAUAAGGAUGAUCCAACCAUCAUGGCAUGGGAACUCAUAAACGAGCCUCGUUGCGCUUCUGAUCUCUCUGGGAACACUGUUAAUGGAUGGAUUGCGGAAAUGGCAAGCUACGCGAAAUCAGUGGACAACAAGCACUUGGUGGGGACAGGGAUGGAGGGAUUCUACGGCGACACCAUGCCGGAAAGGAAGCAAUACAACCCCGGCUACACCGUCGGCACGGAUUUCAUCGCCACCCAUCAGGUGCCGGACGUCGACUUCGCCUCCAUACAUGCAUACACAGAUCAGUGGGAGUCAGGGAAGAGCGACGACGAUCAAAUGGCGUUCAUGGAGAGCUGGAUCGGAAGCCAUUGGCAAGACUCCCAAAACAUCCUCAAGAAGCCAUUAAUCCUCGCCGAGUUCGGAAAAUCCAGCCGUGACCCCGGCUUCACCGAGGCCGGCCGAGACGCCUUCAUGACCAAAGUCUACACCGACACUUACAAUCUCGCAAAAUCCGGCGGCGCCAUGGCCGGCAGCAUGAUCUGGCAGCUCACCGCCGACGGCAUGGAGGACCUCGACGACGGCUACUCCAUCGUCUUGGCCGAUAACCCCUCCACCGCCGGCAUAAUCGCCGGCCAGUCUUACGUCAUGUCCAAGCUCUCUCAGCAGCUUCUCAGCCGCCCGCGCGUCCGCUCUUUCGGCGGCGCGUGGGACUGCCGCUGCCGUUCACAGUACCCGCGCCGCCGUCAUCACCACCAUCGUGGCUUGCCGUGGGGAGCCGCCGGCCGUCGCUAUGGAUGCUGUGAAAACCUUCAUGAAGGAAGAGCGGAAGCGUGAAGGAGACGAUUUGAAAUGUGACGUCAUAGAGAGUUAUUUUAGGAGCCAAUAAAUUAUAUCUUUAUAUGUUAAUUCCUUCAUAUAUGUUCUUUAUGUGAUAAUUGGUAAUAAAAAUCAAAAUUUUAAUA